GUCGACUUGUAGACAUCAUACUUUGUCUGUCCUCCAUUAUCAUGAAUACCGCCCUGUCCCGACAAGCCAGGCGUGCUUUCAGCUCCUCAGCUCGCAGGUUCCAGGCUGUCCCAACACAGAAACCUGUCUUGGAGAAAGAAUUCAAGAUCUACCGCUGGAACCCAGAUGAACCAGCGACGAAGCCCACCCUUCAGUCCUACAAGAUUGACUUGAAUCAGACUGGGCCUAUGAUUCUUGACGCCCUCAUCAAAAUCAAGAAUGAAGUCGACCCCACUCUUACCUUCCGUCGUUCAUGCCGUGAAGGUAUCUGCGGCUCGUGCGCCAUGAACAUAGAUGGUCAGAACACCCUCGCCUGCCUCUGCAGGAUCGACAGGGAACCUGCUAAGGACACCAAGAUUUAUCCCUUACCUCACAUGUACAUCGUCAAGGAUCUUGUCCCCGACUUGACCCUUUUCUACAAACAAUACAAGUCGAUUGAACCUUGGCUACAAAACGACAACCCUCCCGCUGAAGGCGAGUUCCUCCAAUCCCCGGAAGAACGUAAGAAGCUGGAUGGAAUGUACGAAUGCAUUCUCUGCGCUUGCUGCUCCACCUCCUGCCCUUCGUAUUGGUGGAACCAAGAUGAAUAUCUUGGGCCCGCUACCCUCAUGCAGGCUUACAGGUGGAUUGCCGACUCUCGGGAUGCCAACGGCGCGGAGCGCAAGGAACGCCUCCAAAACGAGAUGAGUUUAUACAGGUGCCAUACCAUCUUCAACUGCUCUCGAACGUGUCCAAAGGGCCUCAACCCCGCUGCCGCUAUUGCCCACAUCAAGAUGGAGUUGGCUGCUGACUGA